AUGUUUAGUCUGAAGAAUAUUGCUCGACAUCUUACUGAGCUAAAUCUAUUUCGUACAUUGAACAGCAAUGAAAACACACUUUAUAAUGAACGUCUUUCAACACGUUUAUAUUUAAUAUUACUUAAUAUAGGUAUAGUUACAAUAUUUCUUUAUAUGGUCUUAGCUAAACAAAUGAUUAUGUUCACAAUAAAUUGGCCUUCAAUAUUUGAUUAUGAAAAAUUAAUUAUUGCAGAUUCUGAUAGUACAAUUGAUUGUCCUUGUUCAUAUAUUGCUGUUGAAUAUCGAUCGUUUGUAACAACAGAAGCUUCAUUUCAUCAGAUAUGUUCAAGUGAUUUCGUAUCAGAAUUAUGGAUCAAACAAACAUAUCCUACAAAUCUUUCAUACAUAUAUCCAAUGGAUAUACGACGAUCAUUAAGUGCAUAUGCUCAAUUACUUCGUUCAUUUUGUUUACUUUCACAAGUGAUCGUAUAUGAUAGUAUGGUAAAAUUUGGUUCGUCUUCACUUAUUGCUGCUCGUUUAAUGUCUGAAUCAUCUGUGCAUAUUCAAGUUAAUAGUUCACUAGAAUUAAUACAGAGUACAUCAUCAAUAUCAUCUUUUUUACUUCCACUUCUAGCAAUUCGACGAACAACUUUUGGUAAUCAAUUAGUAUCAGGUUUAGGUACUAAUUUCUAUGCAGAAUCUCAAUACUUAGGCAGUGGUUAUCAAGGUGUAAUGAUAGAUAAUGCUUAUAUUGAUGAUAAUUCUACGGUACAAUGUUUUUGUCGGGAUUGGACAUCUCAAUGUCUUUUGAGUGCUGCUAUUUAUGAAUGGGAGAUUCCCAUAUUACAUACUAAUAUAAAUUAUUUAACAAAUUUUUCAUACAUAAUUGGUACUAAAGUUGGUUGCUUACCAAUUGAAUCAUUAUUAAGUUCAACACUUGAAUGUUAUUUUAAUGAAAAUUGUAUUCGUGUCUUGUUGAAAAUAUCUAAUACAUCUGAUCUAUUGUUUUUACCAUUAAAUCAAACAAUACAAAGUCGAUUCAAUAUAUCUUCAACUAUUGAAAUACUUCUCAAUAAUUUAUUUAUUGAAACAUGGACAACAUCUAUUAAUUACACGAAUUUUUUUAAUAAAUGUCAACCAACUCAUUGCACAUAUAUGUCAAUUACUUCAAAAUAUAGUCUCUUCUAUAUUUUUAAUACAAUGUUAGGUUUUAUCGGUGGACUUAUUGUUGGUCUUCGAUUUUUAAUACCAUUUAUAAUUCAAAUGAUACAUAGUAUAACUCGUUCAUUUCGUUAUAUUCAACAAUUAAUUGAAGGAAAUAACAACAAUCAAAAUAAUAACAAUUCGAUGACAAAUUUAACAAAUCAAACAAGAAUGAGAAUUCAUCUUCGUACAUAUAUGACUUGGAUUUGGACAAAAAUAAUUACAUUGGAUUUAUUUGAGCAAGCACCACAUCGUAAUUUAAUUCGAAAUCAUGUACAUUUAACUACUUAUAUUUACGUGAUUUUCUUAUCAAUUUCACUUAUAAUUCUUAUUAUUUAUAAUGCAAUAGGAAAACAAACGCAAACAAAAACUAUUUUAAAUCCUAAUUUAAAAACAUUUGAACAACUUGAACAAAUCUAUGGAGAAUUACUUGAAUGUCCAUGUUCAAAUAUUGCUAUUGCUCAUCAAUAUUUUAUACAUUUUGAAAAAGUUUAUCAUCCUAUUUGUACAAGUGAAUUAAUAUCACCAAAUUUUUAUGAAAUUUUUACUCGUUUUUCAUGGAUUUCUUCAUCACUUGAAUUAAAUUCUGUUAGUACAUGGUAUUUUCAAUUAUUAAAUACAUUUUGUUCAUUAUCAAAUUCGACAGUAAUUAAUGCACAAAGAGUUUUUGAUGCUACAGAAUGGAUUACGACUAUAACACCAUCUCGUCGAAUAUUUAAUAAUCGUGCACAUAUUAUUGUUAACUAUUAUAUCAAUCAUACACGUAAUCAAUUUAUAAAUACUCUUGAAAUACUUCGUGAAAUAUCAUCUACUUCUCAGUUAAUGUCUGUCUAUCAAUCUUCAUACAAGCUAACAAUUAUUAAUAGAUUAUCAUUAGUACGUUUUGAUCCUACAUUAUUUCUUGGUUUUGCUAAUAAUAAAACAACAACUUGUUCGUGUAUUUAUAAUUCUUAUUGUUCUACAGAAGCAGGUCAAUUUCAAUAUAAUUAUCCAUCUAUCAUUCCAAUAGGACGUUUAUGGACUACGCCAGGUAUUAAUAUAAGUUGUACACCAAUUGAUUCUCUUAUGCAAUCAACACUUGAAUGUUGGUAUGAUGAAAAUUGUAUUGGAAAAGUAAAAUCUUAUUUUGUUAGUGAUUCAAAUCCGAUAACACUCAAUAUAAGACCUCUGAAUUUACCUAUUAAUUUUCAAUCAAACACAACAAUUCAAGAAAUUAUUGAUAAUUUAAUGCUUGACAAAUGGGAAGCUUCAAUAUCAGAUGAUAAUUUUUUUGUUGAAUGUGCACCAAUUUUAUGUACUUAUACAUAUGCAGAUCAUAAUCAUGUAUUCUAUGUAAUUAGCUGUGUUAUUGCACUUUUUGGAGGUUUAAAUAUGGCUUUAUACAUUCUUACACCAUUUGUUGUGAAGACAGCUGUGAAAAUUAUUUCAAUAAAACAAAUUCAAAAUAGAGAAAAUGUUAUCUUCAGCAUACGACAUCGAUUUUAUGUUAUACUGAAUAAUAUUUAUCAAUCUUUUCUUCGAUUGAAUCUUUUUACUCAUCAAUCAAGCGAUAGAUCAACAAUACAAUAUGAACGAACAUCAACUCGUUUAUAUCUCAUUUGUCUUUUUACUUCAACAUUUGCUCUUCUUAUAUAUAUAUGUGUAUCUUAUGAAACAAAAACAAUAACUAUUAAAUCUCCUCUUCAAUCAACAUACGAAAAUCUUUUAAUUAAUUAUCCAAAUACCCGUAUUCAAUGUCCUUGUUUACGUAUCUCAAUUCCUUAUCAAACAUUAAUAACAAUUAAAUUUGAUUUACAUCGAAUAUGUCAAAGUGAUUUUGUAUCGUUAUCAUGGCUUGAUUUAACAUUUGGUGAUGGUAAUUGGUCAAUUUAUGAUCAACGUGAUUUUCGUAUUCGUAGUUUUGCUUAUUUUAAACAACUUGCUUCACUUUGUACAUUAGUCAAUCAUAUUCUUAUUAAUGAAUUAAAUAAUUUUGGUCAAAAUGAAUUUAUUAGUACACAACUGAUAUCUUCAAAAACGUUUGAAGCACAAUUACAAACAACGUUAAAUGAUUUUCGUACAUCAAUAUCAACUACAUUUAUACGUACACUUCAACUUUUUCGUGAUACAAUACAAGGAAAUCAAAUAAUAUCGAUUUAUACAACUAAUUGGAUAUUUACUCCUGGAUCAUCUAUUUGGAAUCGAUUUAAUACAAAACCUUUGUCUCAUGGAUUCAAUUGUUCAUGUGCUAUAUCAAAUGAAUGUGUUGAAUCUGCAGCUAUCUAUUUAUCAAACAGUACUCGAUUCAAUAUUCCAGGUCUUGUUCUUGGUUGUUUACCAAUUGAAUCUCUUCUUCGUUCAACACUCGAAUGUUUUCAUAAUCAAACAUGUGUUAAUACACUUAUAACGUAUUUGAAUAAUACUUCUAUCAAUAAAACAAUUUUUAAUGCUCUUGAUUCAACAAUUUAUAGUGGAUUUUUUCCAAAUAUGACUAUCAAUGAACUCGUAAAUAAUCUCUUUGUAGAAAGUGAAUCAUGGAAAGCAAAUAUAUCUUAUACAUCAUUUUAUUCUCAAUGUCAACCAACAUUCUGUACAUAUACGAUUAUUAAACGAAAUAGUGCUCUGUUUAUCUGUACGAAUAUUCUUGGUUUAUAUGGAGGAUUAAUGAAAACAUUUCGUCAUGUUAUACCAGCAAUGAUGGCUAUUUAUAUAUUUAUUUUACGUAAAAUGUGUUGUAUCCAAAACAAUUCAAUCACUCCACAAAUAGUAGUCAUCGAUUCGACUACGAGUGUUGAAAUGAAAUGA